AUGUCUAAAGAGUCUAAAGAGUCUGGAGUGUCACAGGAAAGCGCCAACUUCAACAAAAUUUCUAAAAAAACUCCUCCUGGUGAAGUAACCAAGAACAGCGUUUUGUCGCAGUUGCAGCAAGAAAGCGACGAACUUGAAGAAGAAAACAGGAAGAGUGAGUCUAAAAUUGCUAAACUUGAAGACUCGAAAUCACAACUAGAUUCUCAGUUUGAGGAAGUAAAAGCUGAUAAAACUAAAAUGGAAGCUCAAAUUGCUCAAUUAAUUGAGGAACUCGCUGCGAGUAAAAGAGCCGUAGAAGAAAAGAAGCAACUGAACGACAAGAACGUCACUAAAAUCAGAGAGGUUCAAAAAAAGCUUGAAAGCUUAGCAAAGGAGGAGAAAGAAGCGCUCAAGAAACAAAAAAGUUUAAAGCUCGAUUUAAAACAGUUUGAUCAGACCGCAACUAACUACGCCAGGAAAUUAUCGUCGAUGGAGCAAAACAAAAAUAUAUCACAUUCUCCGCAAAAAGCUACUAUGAGCGCAGAGGAAUUAAAAAGUAAAAUUCAAGAAGCCGAAAAAGAGUUGAAAACGUUAAAAGAAGUACUGGCCAGGGUAAACGACAAGAACAGAAUGGUUCGAACACAGCUGUCUACCGUGAAGCCAUACUACAAAGAACAGUCUCAGCUGGAAACAUUGAAGGCAGAAGAAGAAAAACUGAAAGAAGAUCUUGAAGCAGCAAAAGCUCUGCAGACAGCAUUGCAGAUUAAAAAAGACGGCGACGUCGUUGUUGAACCUGUUUGA